AUGUCUUCUUCGUUGCGGGGCAUACAUAUUAACCUAUUCAACGAGAAUUUUCUCAAUGAAUCAGAACAGGAUGCUAAUUCAGCACUCACAGAAUUGGACAAAGGAUUACGUUCUAAACUCGGUGUCCAAUGUGAGGCUAUUGUACGAUUUCCACGUCUCUUUGAAAAGUAUCCCUUCCCAAUACUUAUCAAUUCGUCUUUUCUGAAACUGGCCGAAUUCUUUCUGAAUGGCUCCAAUUUAUUACGUUUUUGGGUGCUACGAGUGUGCCAACAGAGCGAGAAUCAUUUGGAUAAGAUAUUAAGCAUUGAUGCUUUUGUAAAGAGAAUAUUUAUGGUCAUACACUCAAAUGAUCCAGUUGCCCGGGCUUUGACUCUGCGAACAUUGGGCGCAGUUUCGCGUGUAAUACCUGAAAAGCAACAGGUCCACCAUGCAAUUCGUAGGGCAUUGGAUAGUCACGACACAGUGGAAGUGGAGGCGGCUAUUUACGCCAGUAGCCAAUUUGCCUCUCAAUCCAGGUCCUUUGCAAUAAGCAUGUGCGCCAAAAUUUCCGAUAUGAUAGAGUCUCUGCAAAUUCCGGUGCCAAUGAAGCUGCAAUUAAUACCUAUUUUAAGACACAUGCAUCAUGACGCUAAUACGGCAGCACUGGUGAAAAAAUUAUGUUUGAAUUUACUUCCAAAAUAUCCGGCAGAAAGUUUUGUCGUCGCGAUUUUUGCUUCGUUGACCGAACUAUCGGCAAGAACAUUGACUGGUGUACCGGACCAGGUUAGUCUAUUGUUGGAAGCAAUCAGCAAUGAUCAGCGUAAACCAGUGCGAGCACAGGCAUUGAAAUCCCUAAAUAAACUGGCUGAAAAACAAUGUGUCCAUGCUUGGCCCAAAUCGGCAAUACACGAUCUCAUCUGCAAAGCAUAUGCCUGCACUGACUCAGCGGAGCAGUAUUUAUUUCUUGGUGUUAUUUUAAAGUUAAGUGACUGUCCGUUAACGUGUAACAUACUUCUGGAUGAAAAUGUGGAACACCCAUCUGUAUUAGAUUUGUGUAAAAAUUGCCUAUGUCUCAAGGAUUAUACCACUGCCAGUCAAGCAAUUACUGUUCUAGCUUCCUUGGUUUCGUAUGCGAACAUAUGUAAUAAGGCCAACUACGUUGAUACCAUUAUGGAGAUGAUUAAUUUACACUCGCAGAGUCUAAUAUGGUGUACAAUAAAGGAUGCAAAGCAUUCCAGUGAUUUGAGGAAGAUUUUAGCUUGUGGCAUUAAAGUUUCUUCCGUUAGGACUGAAUUUGGAAUCGAAUUGGUAACCACAUUGGCUAAACUCUUGAACGAUAAUGUAGAAUAUCCUUCGGCAAAUGAGAAGGCAAUGUGUGAAGCAUUAGGAUCAUUGUGUUCUUACUUUCAAUUGAGGAAAUUUGCCCCGCCAGCAGCAGUGGCCGAUGGAGAGGAAAUGGAAACGGAUCAAACUAAAGAACAAAAGGUAGGUUUCAAUGUACUUUUUUUGCUAUUAUAAUAAUAAAUUUGGCUUUGCUUCUAUGUUAGAAUCAUAGCAACUACACGUAUUAUCUUCUUCACCUUAUUCCAGACAAAUCCAGUGCUUAAGAAUCUGUUAUUGAUUAUGCGCAAAUUGACAACAACAAUUGAACGCGUGUCCCCCGAAGAGCCAUCGCAUACGGUGGAAAUUCUCUCAGCAGUAGCACUACAAGCCAUGAUGGGAUGUUUUAUACCAACAAAAGUAAUGAACACCUUCGAUGCUAUCGUUAAUAAGAGUAACCAAUGGACUCAGUACAGAAUAGCACGUUCUGCCAGUCGAUACGGUCAGCACUAUCUGGCAGCGCAUAUUUAUUUGAAAUUAUCAAGAAAUACAGUUGUGGACAAAAUGCAUUUCUUCUUGACGGGAUUGGCACAACUAGCCCACGCAGAAUGUAUACUCAACUAUAGCGUAUCUUAUGAAUUUAUGCAAGAGAACUAUGAAUUGUGUGAAAAUUUUAUUGUUCGAAGUGUGCCAAUGGAACAAUCAAUGCCACUAAUGCAACGCUUAGAAAUGGCUAUCAAUUUAUAUUGGCAAGCAUUGGCUAGUUUAAGGGCAAGCUCCUCACCAUCCCACCCAGCAGUUACAUUUCAACUAGAGUUCCUGAAACUUCGAGCCCAGUUUUUGCAAACUCUUCAUUCAGCGGUAACAAUUAAAAAUGCCCAGAUCAUUGUACCUCCCCCGGCUAUAGCUGGAAGUUUGGCCCAAAAUUCCAGGGAUUAUUUGCAAAAAUUCGGCCACGUAACAAAUCAGUUGAGAAAAUUGGUUAAAGAACUGAAAACCUGUGAAGAGGCAUUUGGUCGUCUCUAUAAAUCCACUUUCGAUGCCGAUCCUCUAACUCUGGAAUUUUUGGAAAUCAUUCAACAUCAGUGCGUUAAAUUUGCUCACAUUGUCGAAACUAUAUGUUUUGUUACACCCUCCGAACCGCCCGAUUUUCAGACUGUCGGUAAAUGUCCCGAAACCAUGUAUUUGGUGAAUUCUUGUCGUCGUAUGGAAGAGCUAAGUAGAUCGAUACCAAAAGAGCCAUCCAACAACAAGACCAUCAACAACUUCCACUUGGAUAUAAUUUUGGCAGAAAUCGAAAUUAUAACAAAAACGCCGCUGUGUUUGCCGCGUUAUUUCUUCCAGGUAUUACAAUCGACACAAAUUAAAUUAUCCGUCAUACCACCACCCAGGAGUGACGGUAAACCGGUAAAUGUGCAGGCCGGUAGUAAUUUGGUAAUAAAAGUUGAGGGUGUUAUUCUACAUUAUGGUAAGCGACCAUCGCUGUUUAGAAGCGUUGAUGCAGUUCAGUUGAGUUUAAUGUCCAGGCUGGUGCAGACCCCACGGCCGCCCGGAGGGGAAGCAAUGAAAAUGCAAAAUGAUACGGUUACGCUAACACAAGUCGUCAAGCCUCAACGUGACUUUCUUUCGGGAAAUUUCUUGGUACCCAUAUCGACUGGUGGACAAUGGCAGGUAACAUUGGAGACAUAUGUUAUAGAUGAGAAUGGCAUCACGUGGUGUACCGGGCCAAAAAAUACAAUGUUAGUUCGAGUAUUGGAUGAUCCAACGAAACAGCAGCAAACAGCUGCUCCUUCUGCGCAAACACGGCGUUUUUAA